AAGGAAGAAUGUAUUUCCAACUUACUGUGAACGAGAUAUUGUUUCCAAGUUUCAUGAUUUCAUGGAUACCCGAACAUAAGAAAUCUUUAAAGAGACUCAAAUUAAUCACCACCAUCAAACUUCAUUCUCAGUACUACUACUAACUGGGCUUGACAGCAAGCACACAGUGCAAAAAAGUGUGCAAGGCCAUUUUAGGUGGGUCUGGUGAUGAUGAGCUCCAAGUAAAAGCACUACUUCAACAAGCAAAUGUGACAGAACUGCUCCAGGCCGUGCACUGAGCCACUGCCUCCACAACUCUCCUCAGGGUCCGUCUCAUCCAGUUCCCUCACGGAGGGUGCACAGAAGACAGGGAGGCAGCUGUUAAUUCGGCCAUCAUCUGCAAGGCUUCCCUACUUUCCCGGCCCUUCGCCGUCCCCUCAGCUUAGGCCGGGGCCGAGCAGGACCCAUACAGCGUUAGAUCCGGGCGCCUGCCUGCCUCGGCGCGGCGCCUCAGCGCGGAGCCGGCCGCCAACCGCGAGGGGCAGCGCGGAGCCGAGGGCGGCAUCAGUGAGCGCAGCUCCCGGCCACUGCCCCUCGCCAUGGAGCCGAGAUGCAUCCCCCAGAGCGGGGAACUCGCUGCAGAAGUCAAAGGUAGAAGAGAAAAUAAAAUCUGGUAUUUGAAAAUAUCAAAACUGGCACUGGCGUUUGCCAUUAUCCGCUCAAAACCACCAGGGAAGAGCUGCAAAGAAUACACUGAGCACCUUGCCAAAAUUGUAUCUGAGCAAGAUUUUGACUGGAAAUUGAAAGUUGAAGCACUAGAAGCUGAAAUUUUUCGAUUACGUCAGGAACUUCUUUUGAACAAGAUCUGCCAGAGAGUCUGCUUGGAAAAUGGAAAACAAUGUGCCUCUGCUGAAACUCUUCUGGAUGAGGAAUGUAUAAAUCCUGUGAGUUACUCAAGCCAGUUAGAGGACUCUGGAUGUGAUGUGUCUAACGACUAUGCAUUCAAUUCUUUAGGAGUAGCUUCUGAUUUCCAAGAACUUGAGCAUACUGUCGACACAUCUAAACGUUGGUUGGAAAUAGUUCCCCCAUUGAAUCUUUGCUGUGCUAGCAAGGAGAGAUCUUUGACUGUUCCAGUGCAGUUUUUUCAACAUCUGCUUGAAAUAAGAAAACUGUCAGAAGGAGGAAUGCUGCAAGCAGACUUCACAGAGCUUGAGAAUGAUUCUUUCACUGUAUACAAUUCAGUGUCUCAGCUGCUUGAUGGGCUAACUGUUUUUUACAGCAGUCCUAAAUUUCCAGUUUCAAGUUUUCUUACUGACGCAGUUUGUGUUUUGAUCAGAUUAGUAACUGAUGCUAAAUUAUCUAAUCAUGUUCUGAAGAAGUGUUUCAGGAAGCUGGAAGAAUUUAUGAAAAAUCUAAUUCAGAUUAUUUUAAGAAACAGCAAUGUCAAUAGGUUUCAGGCACUGGAUGCUGUGUCACACACUCUUGUUUUGCUGGGGAGGAACAACAUACUUCGAAAUUCUUUAAUGUCUUUUCUACUGUCAGAACUACAGCAGUUUGCUGAGCAGAUGAUGCAAGCUUACCAGAUCCAGGCCAUGUAUGACAUUACCCAAUAUGAGAAUAUUUUUUCUUUGUUCAUGAUUCUGGAACAACUUCUUCACAGUGAGACAGAAGAAAGUAACAUUUCAGACUCAGGCUGUGAUGGAGAAGAGAAAAUCAAAUUUCUGAAGAACGUUGAUCAAAUUAUUCUUCAUCUUUCAGAUGAAUUCCCAUUGUUUUCUUUAUAUUUAUGGAGAGUGAGUGUUCUUUUGAACUCAGCUCAAAUACAAAUUGAUUAAAACAAGCAACCUACUUUUGUGCAGUGUGUUGUUGUGAAACUGGAUUGGAAGAUGUUUGAGUUGGGCAGGAAAACUGUAGUUAUUGGAAAAUAUUUAUUUUAAAAGCUAUACUAUGCUUUAGUUUUCAUAGGUAAUUGAAUUUAUUUCCAAUUUUAAAUAUGCGGAAAUGUAAUAAUCCGAGCACUGUUUGUUUGUUUUUAAUAAAGCUAUUUCUUGUAAUGGAAAACAAUAUAUUGGUGUUUGCAUACCCAUUAAAAUGGUAACAAAGAAAAAUGUUUCAGUGCUUACUACAAGCACUAUGAACUUUGAAGUCAAGAAAUAAUGAGAGUGUAGAGCUAGGCUUCUAUAUUAGGAAACUGUAAGUUGUGUAGCUUGUGUGUGCUUUAGAGACACUGGAUGAUUGGGCAUAUUGAUAACAUGAAAUAAAAGACUGAUCAUCAGAAAACAAGUGGGACAUGGUCAGUGUGAUGCAGCAGAGAUUGCUGUCUGAUAAUGAAAUCAGAAAUAAUAAUAAAAACAUUUUAAACUUGGUAACAUCAAUAUUCUUCUAGGAUAGUCUUAGUUUUUUAUUUAAUCACAGUAACUAUCUGACCAAAAUAAAAUCUGAUGCUUAGUUUUACAACUUUCUUAUGCUUGGCUUUACUUGUGUAUACGUAAAUAUUAGGCCUAAUUCACUCUGAAUUGACUACUGAUUUCAAAUUAAAUUUAACUCCUUCUGUGGUUGCUUUAAACCUUUUUGUUCAAAAUUAAUGAAUAGUGAUAAAAUCCCCUUUGUAUGCUUAUGUACUGGUUUUUUUUUUACAUUUUUAUUUCUGUGCAACAGAAUUAUAUUGAUAGUAAUUAAAAAAGUCACAUGUUAAUGGAAAUAAAGCCUGUAAAAAUGAGUUCAACAAUAGUUUAACUGAUCCAGAGCAGCUUUGAUAAAUCUGGGGAAGGAGGGUGCAAGUUUUAUAAUGAUAGCAUUAUUUCUAGUAAAUAAACAUCAUCUUAGUUUUGUUGUGUCUUCUAGUAGGGCAUAUUCAUCAAAAAUAUAAAACAUUUCUAGCAUUUACCUUAUUCUUUCCUUUGUAUUUUUUUCAGAUCCAUUUUUUAAUGUCCAAACAUGGCUUUUUUUAUUACAGUAAUAAUAAUUUGUCUUGUUACUAUUUAUUUUGUUAGUUUGAAUGCAC